CCCUCCCUCCCUCAGAUCCGCCGCGCCUCCUCUCACAGUCGUCCUGCCUCCCUUCCUCUUUGUGGCCGGCCCCCGCUACCAGCAGCGCCCCCUCCACUGCUCCUCACGUCCCCGCUUCCUACCCCGGCUCCACGCACCCCCGGCUCCACGCACCCCCGGCUGGCCCAUAGCGAAGGGUCGCACGACACCGGCCUCGCGAAGCCUUGAGCCCGGCAUGGAGGCGGCGCGCUGGUGCUGCUCGGAGAAGCACCGUGCAGCGGCGAGUUGCUGCUGCGAUCGACAGAUUUGGGGGCGCGGUCGAUGGAUCUGAGCUGCUAGCCUGCUACCAGGCAAGGCGUCGUCGGUGGGCCGCCGCUGCACAUGGCCGCAUCACCCCGCGUCUGCCGCUGCUCCUUCUCCAAUCUAGCGGCGAGAAGGGGUCGAGGGGCUCCAGGCCUGCUGCUUGCGGCGGCGGGAGGUCAACGGCGGGCGCCGAGCGUACUCAAGGUAGGCAGCCGCAGCUGUGAAAUCACGGAGGCGCUCGGCCUCCGCGGACGCCGACAACACGGACGCGGCGACGAACGACAUGGCAGAUCCAGGUUCAGGGUUCUACUCCGGCACGCACGGCUCGACAGCCAAAGUGAUGCUCCUCUCUCCCUCCCCACUCAGAUCUGCGCCCCUCUCCUCAACCUCGUAGGAUCCAGGGCGCGUCCACUGCGAUGGGUGGAAGUCUCUGGAUUGUUUGAUUGGCUUCACUUCUUCCUCUUGAUUUGGUGCUCUGCUCGGCCGAUGCCAGCCUCGGGGAUGCUGAACCGUGGUACAGCAAGCAAGGAGACAGGUGAGGGACGGAUGAGCCUUCAAGGAACAAGCAGCUAGAGAGAUUGGUCGAUGAUAAGACUCUGCAGAAGGAAGCAGAAGGCGGAAGCAUUUUUUUUGUUUUUUCAGAAUUGUGAGAUGUUUUGCUAGAUUAACUAGAGUUACACUGAUUUCUUGAUGAACUGAAAAACUUUGAUGUUGUAUCAUGUAUGUAUGUGAUUAGUUGUUGGAUUAGAAUGUAUGCUAUUUUAUUUCUUGAUUUGGGCU